GUGCUCCGAAGCCCGAUUCAAAACAAAAGAUUCAUAGUUCCGAAGCUUCGUGAAGAAGUGUUGCGAACCUAUACCCAUUACAGCGAUACACUUUACUGUUUUAAAUCAAAGCAGAUUCAGGCCUGGGAUGUCCGAUAAGGAAAACAGCGAAUCAAACCUGACCGAUGGAGCGACUUUCGGAAUAAUUGCUUUCGGGAUGGAAAAUCCCCCGGUUGUAAAGAUGGAACCGCACGAAAACAGCCAUUCAGUGCCGGAUGUAAAGACAAAAACCGGCCGGUCCUCCCCUAGACAGAGGCGGGAGAAUAAAAUAACAUAUCAGAAGGAACUAAAAGGAGAUCCUGUCACUCGCCAUCAACAUGGGAUGCCUUUCGUCCAACGAGCAGACGUGAAAAAUCAGCCGGAAGAGAAAGAUUUCACCUGCUCUGAAUGUGGAAAAAGUUUCAGAAACAAGAGGACCCUUAAAGACCACACGGCCAUUCACUCGGAAGAGAAAGCGUUCGCCUGCUCCGAGUGUGGAAAGAGUUUCAAACUGAAGAGGAUCCUCAAGCAACACGCGAAAAUUCACGCCGGAGAGAAACCGUUCGCCUGCUCCGAGUGCGGGAGAGGCUUCAGAGUGAAGAACAUCCUCAAGCAGCACAUGAAGGUUCACACCGGAGAGAAACCGUUCGCCUGCUCCGAGUGCGGGAAAGGCUUCACGGUGAAACAGAACCUCAAGUACCACAUGAGGAAUCACACCGGAGAGAAACCCUUCACCUGCCCCGAGUGCGGAAAGAGCUUCAUUGUGAACAAGAGUCUUAAACAGCACAUGAAAGUUCACACUCGAGAGAAACUUUUCCCCUGCGCCGAGUGCGGACGGAGUUUCGGUUUCAAACAGAGCCUGGAGAAACACAUGAGAAUCCACACCGGAGAGAAGCCGUACGUAUGCCCCGAGUGCGGAAACAGCUUCAGAGACCGGCAGAACUUUAACGUUCACAUGAGGAUUCACACCGGCGAGAGGCCUUACGUCUGCCCUCGCGGCAAGCGUUGCAAGCUCAGCCAGAACCUCCAGAAUCACAUGAGAAUCCACACGGGAGAAAAGCCUUUCGUCUGCCCUCUGUGCGGGAAGAGCUGCAGGAUGAGGCAGAACCUCGACAGGCACAUGAAAACCCACACCGGAGAGCGGCCUUACUCCUGCCCCGAGUGCGAGAAGAGUUUCACCAUGAAACAGCGCCUCACCAGGCACAUGAGGAUCCACACGGGACAGAGGUCGAAGCCGGCAGCCGUGGAAUACGUGAUACAAUCCCGUGAAAACAGUCUCAGCGCAGAUGAUCCAGAUAUACAGACGAAAACCCGGCAGUCCUCACCUGGUGAAGAGUGGGAGAAUAAAACACAGCAUCUGAGGGAACUCAAAGUAGCUUCUUUCAUUUGCCGUCAAUGUGGCAUGCGUUUCCUUCAACAAGCCGGUCUUCAGAAGCAUACGAGAGUUCACACCGGAGAAAAGCCGUUCACCUGCCCUCAGUGCGGGAAGCGGUUCACGCAGCAAAGCCAACUAAAAUGUCACAUAAGAAGUCACACCGGAGAGAGGCCGUUCACCUGCCCUCAGUGCGAAAAGAGUUUCACGGUGAAGCAACACCUUAAGAAUCACAUUCGAACUCACACCGGAGAAAAACCUUUCGCUUGCCCUCGGUGCGGAAAGAGCUUCACGGUGAACUGGAACCUUGAGAGUCACAUGCGAAUUCACACCGGAGAGAAACCUUUCGGCUGCCCUCGGUGCGGAAAGAGAUUUGCACAACAAGGGCAACUUAAAUGCCACGUGAGAAGCCACACCGGAGAGAAGCCCUUCAGCUGCGCUCGGUGCGAAAAGAGUUUCACGGUGAAGCGAAAUCUGGAGAUUCACGCGACGGUUCACACCGGAGAAAAGCCCUUCAGCUGCUCUCAGUGUGGAACCGGUUUCACGGUGAAGCGAAACCUCGUCGCUCACAUGAGGAUUCACACCGGAGAAAAGCCCUUCGCCUGCCCCGAAUGCGGAAAGGGUUUCACGGUGAAGCGAAACCUCGAGAGACACGUGAGAGUUCACACCGGGGAGAAACCCUUCGCCUGCCCCGAAUGUGGAAAGAGCUUCACGGUGAAACAAAAUCUGGACAGUCACGUGAGAGUUCACACCGGCGAAAGGCCCUUCGCCUGCCCCCAGUGUAAAAAGGGUUUUAAAGUGAAACAAAGCCUUGCGGGUCACAUGAGGAUUCACACCGGAGACAAGCCCUUCGCCUGCCCCGAAUGCGGAAAGGGUUUCGCGGUGAAAAGAAACCUCGAGGGGCACACACAAACUCACUCCGGAGAGAAACCCUUCAGCUUCCUCAAGUGUGGAAAGCGUUUCACACAACGGGGACGACUGAAGUGUCACAUGAGGAUUCACGCUGGAGAAACGCCUCAGUGUGGAAAGAGUUUCGAAACCUCGAUGUUCACAUGACAGUGCACGCUUGAGAGAAGACUUCUGCUUGCUUUGAGUGCGAAAAGAGUUUCGUAGUGAAACAUAAGCAUGAUAUUCUCGUUAGAAUAAAGUCUUUAUUAGUAAUCUUUA